AUGCAUCGAAUUGAUGCGGCCGAGUUUAAGAAUCUAUCAAAAUUAUUGUUUCAACGGAGUCCCAUAGUCGAGACAGCUCUACUCAAUGUGCUUCUUGAGACAAGACUCGCGACGGGCAUUAAGUGGGAUCCGUUGCUCCCGCUGUAUAUGGACUGUCUUUGCAAAAUGGGCAAGGUGCAAAUAUCCACAGUGCUGCAUACAUUAUUAAAGUACUCAUCUAUCCAAGACAGUCUGUCGUCAAUUGACUCGGGUGCCGAUCAAAAGAAGCCUCCGAAGUGCUAUACAUUGAUGACGGACAUCAGAGUCAUCCAGGAUGCCAUGCUGUCUGUCUCAACAGGACAUGCCCCAAAGAGUCUUACCGAGUCUCUCGGUAUCUUUUCUGCCAUUGUGGACUGGAUCCAAGCCGUUGUGUCCUGGCACCAUAAUCAUGUGGAUACGAACCAGCAAACAGGCGGGCUGAUUAGCUCUCCAGAUGCUGUUUCAUUGUUUGAGUCGCUCGGAAUCCUUUUUGCUGCUUUGUCGGGAACUUCAAAGGGGCUAGAUGUGCUGUCAUCAGAAUCCCAUGAAGCAUUAAAGCUCAAGCUUGGCCAAGCACUAUCUGCAUAUCUUCCCCUUUGCGUGGAAGUGUCACUGCCACUGCGGAACAGACUAGACGGCUUGCAAAAAGAAUUCAAUCUCUAUGGAGAUCUGCCCUCCAAGUCCUUGGAGGUUUCCGUGAUGGAUAAUUUAAACGUCAGCGCGCUUCAAUUUGAGGCUUCUGUGAUGGACGGGCCUGUUAUAAACUCAAGAGCUGGUCUCUAUAUUUAUAUAAAUUCAAUGCUGGUGGGCCGUCCCAUGCUCGAUGAUGGUAUGUUGCUUAAUUAUUUAACAAAUCGAUACGGGGGUCAUUACGAGAUAAUGAUCGAGGAAGUUAUAACGGCUACGUUCGACGUAUUAUCGAAUGCGAUGUAUCGCAAUGAGUCAAGCCAAGUCAUGUUUCUCUUCCGUUCGUUCUUGGUUAACAAACUUCCCGCCUUCUUUGCUUCCAUGUUAUCGGCAUCCAUGGCUUCUCUGUCUAUGGAUGUGUGCAUUAGCCAUGCGUUGAGCCGUCUAGACCCGAAUACUUUUCCAUCAUUCUCGCAGAUGUUUUCUAUGCAGGGAAACACUGUUUUGUCAGAUGUCCGACAAGAAUUUCUGUUCGCCUGUGCCUCUCAUAAAUUGAUACCCGAGUCCAGUAUUGAAAGACUACUAGGCGAAAACCCUAUGCAGACGGUCCCUGUUGGGUACAUCAAGGACGAACUUGUAAUGCAAAUCAACAUGCACCCAGAGCGUGCGGAGCAACUGAUCAGUGAGAUUGAAUCUACGGAGGGAAAUGCAGGUGCGAUUGUCAGUGCCAUCACUGAGGUCAUGAUAAAUCUCUGCAAUCAAAAAGAAACAAUGACAUUGAAAAAUAUUUGCAACGCUCUCUCUCGCCGUCCUCAGGCUCUGGAUGUGAUUUUGCUCUUCCAAAGCUCAAGGCAUGUAUUACAACCUCUGUGUGCUCUGCUGGAUUCCUGGCACUGGGAUGAGGACCACGGCGAGAGCCAGCCUGUAUAUGAUGAAUUCGGAAGCAUUCUGCUACUGGUGCUAGCAUUUAAGUACCGGUAUAAAUUGCAACCGUACGACCUCGGGAUUACGAGAAGUGACUCCUUCGUCUUAGGAUUGCUAGAGCGUGGGUCCUGCACCCAGAAGCUGGAUGAUCUGAAUGAAAAACAGAACAAAAAUCUUGGGUCAUGGAUCGCUGCCUUGUUCAUUGCGGAGGGUAUUAGCGAAGAGACAAUGUCCGCUUGUAGCCCGCAGGAGUUUUAUCUUCUUGUGGCAACGCUAUUUAAUCAAAGCCUGGGCGCGUGCGAAGCAGGGAAGUUGGGGUUUGAGACACUUAAAGGGGGAUUUGAAUAUUUGCUCGAGCCAUUCCUUCUCCCAUCGCUGGUCUUUUCUUUGACCUGGCUAGGAAAUCACAUCUGGGAAAGCGAGGGUGAUCCAUCGAUCCCAUUGAAGGCACUGCAGUGUCUGGUGAACCCCAGCUCAAUCUCUAGAGAGGCAAAAGAGAUUCAUCGAACUGUGAUAAAUAUCACUGCACGUUCUUUAGAAGAGCAGCUUAACGAUGUUCAGACACGCCAGCCAACCUCCAGUACUAGCAUUAAACCUAUUUUAGAUGCUCUUGAGCCAUGCCUCUCUUUCCAGAGGACGGGUAGUAGUCACCGGUCAGAGCUGGAAACCUGGACGACACAUACCCCUGGCGCCCUACUGGGCAGCAUCCGAAGCACUUUCCAGGGUCUUGUACUCUGGAGCACCAGUGCAGACAUGAACAUAGCGCCGCAACUGUACACCCAUCGUCAGAUCAUCGCCGGUAUCCAAAUGCUGGGUUCUGUGCGCGUUCUUGGGGUGCUUGUUGAAGAGCUGAAGCUGCAGACCGAGGCGGGCAACGGCCCUCUUGCAUUAGACAUUGCAGCAGCAUUAAUUUGCUCACCAAUGGCAGAGUCAUUUGCUGUCAAUCAGAGCCACUACCACACUGUGGAUCCAAGCAAAGAGCCGCUCCCUCAAUGUCCUAUCCUAACACUUCGCGAUGCGCUUAUGAUCCAACAUGAGAAUAUCCCCAAGAUCAAGGAGAAGGACCCGCUGCGCGCGGAAGUUAUUGUCCGAUUAUACCGACAAGUAAACGCACUGGUAGCGCCGACUACGCAGGUGACAAACCUAGACAUGAGCAACAUUAUCCAGAACAUGCAAUUAGGUGUUGAGGAUGCUUGCCUGGAGUCCCCGGGGGCAAGGGUUGGAAACCAUGGUGUGGGCGAGGAUAACUCAAAUCAAAUGUUGGACAAUGUCGCGGGCGUUGACCAGAAUAUGAGCGGAGGUGGUUUGGACACCAGUAUCGAUGACGUUUUGAAUGCAGCUGACAUGGCGGUUGGAAAUCCGGAAUUCCUGGAUUUAGAUAUGGAAGGGAUGUUUUGA